UUUUUUAGGGUAGAUUUUUCAUUGCUGAUUUUGUGUUUCUCUGGAUUGGAUUGUUUUUAAUGUUUCAGAUCGGCGGAUUCUGUGCUGGAUUUUUGGGACUGAAAAACAAAGUUAGCUGAUAAUUAGGUCGGAGAGUUUUUGUUUCCUGCAAUACAUAGUGUCCUCUGCUCUGCAAAUUACCGAGAGGGGAUUAGCUGUGUCGAAAUUGGUUUUAGCAGUUUUAUGCGAAGUUUUGGUUACCAUCAGUGGAAGUAUGAUUUCCUUGAGAUUUGGAUUGGCUUAUCCCUGUAAUAAGUGUACGUGAUUUGCCUGUCUUGCAUGAGAUAAAAGGGAAACACGAUAUCAGAGGAGAAAAAAAUUAGAAAUGAAGGGCUUUCUGCAGCCUGGCUUGGAAGAACCGCCUAUGAAACGCAGAGCCGAAUUAAGAUGGAAACUGGCAGGCCGUGGAUCCUGCAGAGGCAACUAAUGAAGCAUGAUGGUCUCUGUCUUGCGGCUUAAAUUUUUAUUAUAUUUCUCAAUCUGGAACAAUCUAUGGAAACUUUCACUGGAAUUAGUCAAUUGCUUAGAAAUCUGUGUCACGGCAGCGUGUGGAGUUAUGCUAUUCUGUGGAAGCUUCAAGAAACGACCCAAAUGCUGUUAGCCGGUGAGGAUGCCUAUGCUAGUUCUAUAAAGUCACGUGUUACUAUGGAAUAUGCUCCACGCACAGGAUUCUACAGCAGUGAUCCUGUGGUUACCACCUUUGGCUGCGAAACCAAUGCUCGAAUUGAAGAUAUUCCUGCCUUUUCCAUUGAUGUUGUGAUUUCCAACAUUUCAAGAUACUGUUACUUUCUUGGAGAAGGGAUUGUUGGUAUAACAGCAUCAUCAGAAAAGCAUAAGUGGAUCUCUCUUUGGGAGUUGAACUCUAGGUUACUCUUGGAGUAUCCAGAAGAAAUGCAACUCCAAGCUGCAGCAGGAAUUAAGACAAUCUUACUUGUACCUGUCCUUCCUUUUGGAGUCGUGCAACUUGGCUCUUUCUUUGAGCUCUCUGAAGAUUUUAAAAUGGUGGCUCAAAUCAAGGACCUCUUUUUAUCCUCUCAGUACACAUUGGAGGUGCAGUCUAUUUUUUCCCUUGAGGCAGACGGUGACAUCGCUUUAGACAGGCCUAUGAUACAGAAAUAUUCGGCCUGUUUGGCCACAGCCACUGAGUCUAUUGAUCCAUCCAAUUUUAAACCAGUUGAUAUGCAAGAUUGGACAAAUCUUAACUGUGAUGAAACAACUGGGGAAGAGUUAUUACCGCAACUCAUGGUUCAACCCAAUGAUCAGUUACCACAAGUUGGACUGGGUGCAGAUUCUUCAGAGGAAAUUAUCUGGGAUGAAAUGUACAACGAACUGCUCUCAAAUUUUUCCAUUGAACGGGCUAUGAUUAAUUCGUCUAUCAACACAGGAAGUGCAUUGGUAGGCGAUCAAUCAAUUCUUUCUUAUCGUGAUGAAGAAACAGAAAUGAUUCCAGUCAUCGGCAACUGGUUGGCUCCUGAUGAUCUUAAUCAUAUCGAGGAGUCAUAUCUGGCAUUCGGAGAAGAGUCAGAUGGCAUAUUUUUGAAUUAUCCCGGCGAAGAAAUUCAAUUAAGCUCCCCAGCCGAAUUCCAAUCGCAAUCAGAAGUUAAUGAGCUGACCAACCCUUCAAGUUUCCUCCAAGUACAAGUGCCUAAACCAGUUGAGGAACCUGCUGCAAUUAUGAAAGAUAACAGAGCAGAUAAUUUGCCAGAUGAUAAGCAUUUUGAAUCAUCUGGAUAUCGGACUUCUUCCAUAACGCAAUGUAAAGAUGGAGAUUUGUUGUGUUCGGAAGUUUCAAUUCCUGGAAUAAUGCCGUCAGCAUUCUCCAAUACUGAAGGCUUCACAAGCCAUCUCAUGAAUGUUCAAAAUAGCUCUACUAAUAUCCCUUCAUCAAAUGAUGAUCAACAGGAUACUAUAGAACAAGAGCUCCAUAAAAAAAGUAGCAAACAAGGGAAGAAAAGAGGAUGUGGAGGGUCAAGGCCUCGGGACAGGCAGUUGAUCCAAGAUCGUAUUAGAGAGCUGAGGGAGCUGAUCCCAAAUGGAUCAAAGUGCAGCAUCGAUGAGCUUUUGGAGCGAGCUGUUGCGCAUAUGAUGUUCCUUCAAAGUGUUCCAGUCCAUGCUGAGAAGUUGAAUAAAUCCAAAAGAAACAAGGUCGGCACAUAUUCAAACAUUUAUGAGAAGUCAUUGCCCCAAAACGAGUCGAGUUUGGUGGGCGAGUUGAUAACUAAAAGAAACAAUUUGCCAGUGAUAGUUGAGAAUCUUGAGCAGCCAGAUCAAAUGCUUAUAGAGAUGCAAUGCAGGGAUUAUGGGCUCUUCUUAGACACAAUGCAGGCAUUUAAGCGCUUAAAGCUGACAAUUGUGGAGGGCACUCUUCAGAGCAUGUUGACAGAGCAGUGGGCUCAUUUCAUUGUACAAGUACCAAUUGGAUUCAAUCGCAUUGAUAUACUUUGGCCGCUCAUGCAACUAUUGCAGUUCAAAUUUUAAGGAUAGCCCAUCCCUUACAACGACAGAGAUUAAUUAUAAGUCCAUCAAUUUAUUGAAAUUUUAAUGAUAGGCUAUUACAAUGAAACAUAAUAAUCGGCUGCUGCCACUCAUGCAACUAGGAUUAUUAUUCUGUUUGAGGAUACCUGAUAACGUCCAGAGAUUAAUGAGAGCACACAAUAUCAUUUUUUUACUAUAUACCAAUUCUAUGUACUAAGUCAGGUGGCGUGCUCUCAUUUGUCUUGAGAUGAUCCGGUGUCUGUAUAGAAUAAUUUUUAUAAGUAGGCACCGGAGUAUCUUCUCUUUUUUUGCGGCUUAAGGCAUAAGAGGGAUAAAAGUUUAACAUAAUAAUUAGGAAAGUUAUUAUUAUUUAUAAAAUUUUGCUCAAAGAGUUCAUAAAGGCAAUUUCUGCUGACAUUUACUUGCAUUUAAUAAAGGCCAAUUUUGUAUUGAUCUUGAAAGUAAAAAAUAUGGAUGUCUUUCGGAAAAAAUAUUGCAUUUUAUUGUUAAAGGUACGCAGAAGAAAGAAAAAAAUAUAGCCUAAAUGAGAAAAUUAGAAUAUUAAAUCCUAACAAUUCUGACCCGAAUUGAGCCACCUUAAUUUGAAUCGAUAACACAUCUCGAAAUAGAACUAUUUAAAGCCCCAGCUUUAAACAGCACGGACCAAAAUGUCAACAUAAUUCUAGUUAGUAUUAAGAAUGAAAUUACUAAAAAAAAUAAAGAGAUAUUACUCUCCAAUAAAUACAUUUAUUAAAUAAAGUGAUACGCUUCUAAGUAUAAUUGAAUCGUCUAUAAAAUAAAAGUUUAAAUAAAUUUUUUAAGAGUAGCAUUUUACUCCAAGAAUGUUUCUUGGCUGAAAAAACAGUUGAAACUAGAUACCAAACGAGAGAAUUAUCCACUUUCCCCAACAGUACCUAUCAAGUAAUUCAACUAGCUGGGAGCACAGUUCUUUUUUCUUUUUUUUUUACACAUACAAAGACAUAAAAUUCAAAUAAUAUU